ACCCCCACACUCCCUCAAACCUCUACUUUUCUCGUAUCUGCUUCCAGUAAUGACUCUAUUAUCGACCGGGUGGAUCGCAGAAGAAAAGACAGCCUUUGUUUCUUUUUUCUCUUCUUCAGCCGAAACCAACCACGAUUGUGGCCGGAACACCGGAGCUGAAUCCAGCUUGGUGAUAAUGUCUGGAUGCUCCCGUGCUUCUGGUCGUGGAAUCGCAAGACGACGCACGGGGUGACGGCCUGGAAGACCGCUUUGGGUUCGGAAUUCACUGCUUCAUGUCCACCAUUCGCUUCUUGUUAUGUACUUUUGCCUACGCUAUACCUUGUUCCCGUCCGAUUUCCUAUUCCCCGUUGUGGCCUGGUACUCCUACUUUUUAUUCGUCUUCGGUACACUUUUUUAUUUUUUUGCCUCCUUUACACCAUUUUAGUGAGAUCACCCACCCCUGACCAUCUUUUUAUUUUCUGGACGUUUUUCCUUGUUCCUCUGCUGUUUCUGUGCGCUAGUUGUCAAUCUGAAGUGUUAUUGAAGAGCGAACGAUACGAUAAUGGAAGCGGGAGGUGUAUGAGCGAAGAAAGCAAGACGAAGCUGGAGGUGCUUCGAUCGGUUGUGAUGUAUUGUUCCAUGGCCAUCUGGGUGCGACAGCAGCAGAGCUCAUUCGACGAAAGGCGUAUUCAGUAAGAAGCGUGUAGGGUGGAUAUAUGCCUACUGUGAUAUAGUAAUUUCAAUUUCAAGACAAUCGAGCAGUGUCCAGCUCAACACCUAGAAAUGUGUGGGGGGGCAGCUUUGUCGCUCACGAUGAAUCCCCAUAUCUGCUCGUAUUCAAAAAUAGGAUAUUAGAGUAUCGUCUGUAGUUGCUCAUGUUUUGGAUACUGCUGGAUGCUUCUUGAGGAACCGAUUUUGCUAAGCAUAAAAGCCCUCAGUGACCGGAAGAUCAAAUCAGUAGAAUCAAUCAACAAUCCGGAUA